CAGCCAGUUCUUUUGGAUGAUGCGCAUGCAUGGUGCACAGCAUCUCCAGACGAGAAUAAAGCAUCUUUAAGGAGCUCUGUCUGCCGGUGCAUCCAUUGGCUAGCUGGAGGUUCCACUGUGUCCUGUGAUUGGCUAUUCUUAACGAUCCUUGGCUUGUCAUUUGUCCCUGUAAUUUACUAUGAAUAUUGUAUGCAGGCGGAAAAGCUGCUGAUAAGUUUGAAAUAGCUUAGUCCUGGGUGAGACGUGUGUGUGCGAGGAUAUAUAUCUCCUAUUUAUUAGGAAUGCUUCUCUCCUGGGUUCGGAUGGGUAGGAAUGGUCUCAGUCGGAUAUUCACCAUGUGAAUAGAUAUUUCUGCCGCAUGUUUGGAGAGGACUAUUACGCAAAGAAUGUUUUGCGCUAAACUGAAGGAUCUGAAGAUCGCGGGUGAAUGCCCGUUUUCUAUGGUCGUGGGAAAUGAGGAACCCGCGGAUUUUGAGGAGAGCUGUGCGGUGAACGUUGUGCCAGUGUCCAGAGAGGUGCAGAGCAAUAUCACCAGCAUUCUGCCCAGACGCAAAACAAGCCGGAGCAAAGUUAAUCUGCAUUCACUGGGAGAGAGCAUCCGAAAGCUGGUGUGCCCAGAGUUCGACAAAUUACGAGAUGCAUUGAUCAGAGUUAUGAAACAGCCGAGUUGCCCUGUAGCAUGCAGUUCUGAUGUAUCUCAGACACUGGACAAUGCUGAACAAUUAUCAGAUGUCAUGAGAGACUACUCCCUGAAAACAGAGAUCCCCAUGGACACGCUAAAGAUUUCUCUGGGUCUGGAGGUGUUUCGGGACUGUUAUGAGGAGGACGGUCAUAUUCUUCGUGUGGUGGGGGGAGCUCUCCACGAUUUUCUCAACAGCUUCAACGUUCUUCUAAAGCAGAGCACGCCGCCCACCCCAGAGGUUCAGCGCUACAUCCAGCAAGCCUCCAUCCUCUGCCUGGACAAGGAUCCGGGGCUCCUGACCGUCUAUUUCUUCAAUCCCCUCCCCACCACCGAGCUCUUCUUCUCGGGGAUCAUCCAGGCGGCGGCGUGCUGGCUCUACUGCACUCGGGUGGAGGUCAGAAUGGAGGUUGGGGGUAAAGACAGCGGUGCUCUUCAGGCCAGUCAUCAGCCCCAUCUGAUGUACUCGGUGAUCGUGAGAGACGGCAGGAGCCUGACGCCGAGCCCCAUGAGGACACCCUCGUCCGGAGACAUUCCCCUCUCGCUGCUCUACUCCACUUUUCCCUUCCACAUUCUCUUGGAUCAGGAUAUGGGCCUGAUGCAGAUCGGAGACGGUUUGAGGAGGAGGCUCGGCCGAAGCAGACCCGUUUUCCUCGAGCACUUUCUCAUCGUUUCACCUGAGAUUCGAGCUAGCUUCCAGGAUAUUUUAACCAUGCUCAACACUCAGUUUGUGCUACGUGUCAAACAGCACGGACCGAGCUCUGCCGACAGCCCUGGAAAGCACAUGGACCUGAAGGGGCAGAUGAUCUUCAUGUCAGAGAUGAGUGCUCUGCUCUUCCUCGGCUCUCCGUGUGUAGAUAAGCUGGAGGAGUUGACAGGCCGCGGCCUCUACCUCUCUGACAUCCCCAUCCACAAUGCACUGCGAGAUGUUGUUCUGGUCGGAGAACAGACCAAGGCCCAGGAUGGACUGAAGAAGCGUCUGGGUAAAGCCAAAGCCGCCCUGGAGCAGGCCCACCAGGCCCUGGAAGAAGAAAAGCGGCGAACAGUAGAGCUGCUCUUCACGAUAUUCCCAGGGAAUGUGGCUCAGCAUUUGUGGCAGGGGCUUCCAGUGCAGGCUAAAAAGUUUGAUCAUGUCACAGUGCUGUUCUCAGAUAUCGUGGGCUUCACUGCGAUCUGUUCGCGAUGCACGCCCAUGCAGGUGGUGAACAUGCUCAGUGAGCUCUACACGCGCUUUGAUCACCGCUGCGGUGAGCUGGAUGUGUAUAAGGUGGAGACCAUUGGCGAUGCGUACUGUGUAGCCGGAGGCUUGCACAAAGAGAGUCCGACCCACGCUGUCCAGAUCGCUCUCAUGGCUCUGGAGAUGAUGGACUUGUCUGAUGAGGUCACGACCCCCAUGGGAGAGGUUAUCAAGAUGCGUAUCGGGAUCCACUCUGGCUCGGUUUUGGCCGGUGUGGUCGGUGUUAAAAUGCCCCGCUACUGCCUUUUCGGCAAUAACGUCACAUUGGCCAACAAGUUUGAGUCUUGUAGCCUGCCGAGAAAAAUUAACGUCAGUCCCACCACGUACAGAUUGUUAAAAGAUCGUCCAGAGUUCAUUCUCAUCCCCCGGACGAGAGAGGAUCUUCCGCCCAACUUCCCCGCCAGCAUCCCUGGAGUUUGUUACUUCCUCCAGGCUCACGAUCAAAAGACGAGUGCUGCUUCCAGAAGCUGUGCUUCAUACGAAACGCAGGCCAGCGGAUGAAAGCGUCGAACCUGGAAACAGUGGGUUAACACUGCCCUUCCUCUGCGUAUCGUUUGAGUUGAGCCACUAGUUAUUAAAAGCUGUCUAAUAACACUAGAAGGAUAUACAGUUUUGUUCACAGUAGUCUUGAGAUUUAGAUCCACUUUUUCCUGACUGUAUACUAAAAAUCGAAAGCGUAAAUAAUGUCAAAUGUGUGUAUCUGCUCGACUACUACGUGUGACCCAUUUAGUGUCUAUAAGGACAAUUAGUAUAAGUCUGAAUAGAGCACAUGUCACUACACAGUGAAGAUUCACCUCACCACAGUCAUCCUCGAAGUAAACAUUGUGACUGUUUUUUUUGUAUUGUAAUAGAUCUGUAAUAAACAUGCUUUACUCAA